GUUGGGAAUUGGGAUUGUUCCAACGUCUUUUCGGUGAUUGGUCCACUGGGUAUUGCGUCGUCGACGCCAUUCCGUUCGGUGGAGCUUACAUGGCGGCAGUAACUCGACCGCAGCUCAUCCAUCCUCUUCCUACGAUCUUCAAGCCUUCUCUUUUCCUCAGACACCAUCUCUCUCGCUCUCUCGCUUCUCCAUGUAAUAUCCAUGGCUCUCGCCUUCGAUCCCUCUCCGUCUCUCCCGUCCUCUGCUCGCAGCCCCACCAUUCCCCUCAGGGUGAGUCUAAUAAACCGCUCUCUGCCUCGAUUGUCGGGGAUCUUCUGGAUUAUCUGAAUGAAUCCUGGACGCAAUUUCACGCCACUGCUGAGGCAAAGAGACAGCUUUUGGCUGCUGGGUUCGAUCUUCUUAGCGAAAACGAACAGUGGAAGCUUAGGCCUGGCGGUCGUUACUUCUUCACCAGAAACAUGUCGUGUUUGGUUGCUUUUGCUGUGGGAGAAAAGUACUCUGUUGCGGGUAAUGGUUUUCAUGUCAUAGCGGCUCACACUGACAGUCCGUGUCUGAAACUUAAGCCAAAAUCGGCAUCAUCCAAGUCCGGUUACCUGAUGGUCAGUGUUCAGACUUAUGGCGGCGGUUUAUGGCACACCUGGUUCGAUAGAGACUUGAGCGUGGCAGGGAGGGCGAUUCUGAGAUCUAGCGAUGGCUCGUUCAUUCACAGGCUUGUCAAAGUGAAAAGACCAUUACUACGAGUGCCCACUUUGGCCAUCCACCUUGAUCGCACAGUGAACAGUGAUGGAUUCAAACCGAAUCUGGAGACCCAUCUUAUCCCGCUUCUAGCGACAAAGCCAGAUGAAGCUUCGGCAGAACCAAAGGACAAAAACGUUCCUUCUUCCUCCAAAGAUCCUCAUCAUCCAUUACUCAUGCAGAUUUUGUCAGAUGAGCUGGACUGUAAGGUCGAGGACAUAGUGAGUCUCGAGUUAAAUAUAUGUGAUACCCAACCCAGUUGUCUCGGAGGGGCAAACAAUGAAUUCAUAUUUUCUGGAAGACUUGAUAAUCUCGCAUCAAGUUUCUGCGCAUUGAGAGCGUUGAUCGAUUCAAGUGCUUCCCUGGGCAGCCUGUCGAGUGAACAUUCUAUCCGGAUGGUCGCUUUAUUUGACAAUGAGGAGGUUGGUUCAGAUUCGUGUCAAGGUGCCGGAGCACCCACGAUGUUUCAAGCCAUGAGACGGAUUGUGAGUUCAUUAGGCAAUGGGCAUGUCACCGAAUGUACUUUCGACCGUGCUAUUCGGAAAUCUUUUCUCGUGUCUGCAGACAUGGCCCAUGGGAUUCACCCGAAUUUUUCUGAAAAGCACGAAGAGCAUCACCGUCCUCAGAUGCACAAGGGUCUGGUCAUCAAGCAUAAUGCAAACCAACGCUACGCAACCAGCGGCAUCACAUCUUUGCUUUUCAAAGAAGUCGCAAAAUUACAUAAUCUUCCAACUCAGGAGUUUGUCGUGAGAAACGAUAUGGGAUGUGGCUCAACCAUAGGCCCUAUCUUAGCUUCAGGAGUUGGAAUCAGAACUGUUGAUUGCGGGAUCGCUCAGCUUUCGAUGCAUAGUGUGAGAGAGAUUUGUGGGACGGAGGAUAUAGACAUAGCGUACAGACAUUUCAAGGCGUUCUACGAAUCCUUCUCGACCAUAGACCGGAAGCUCACGGUGGAUUAGUCGUAACUCGUGAUUUAACCCUUUUACAUUGCAAGACAGCGAAAUCAAGCUCCAUGGAGUUUGCUUCCAUGGCGAUGCAGCCACAUGCUUAGGGUGCUCUUUUCUCCAGGUACUGAUGAUCAUAGUCACUGUAGAAACUUUCAUUUUAUGGUUACAAAUGUAUUACCAUACUUGGUGGUGGCGGUGGGUUUUCUCUUUGAAAGAAACUUCGUUUAGUAUCAAGAAACAUAUAUUUAUGUAAAGUGACAAAAGUUACAUA